GUUGAUCUCCAUGGAAAAACGCAAGAACGUAAACAAUUGCCGCAUACAAUCACAUCUGCAAUAUUGAAAUUUUAAUUUUGUUUAAUUUAAAAAGGAAUAAUGGCUGAACUUACUGAAGAAAUAUUAUUAUUUUUAAAUGAUAAUGGCGAAAAACCAGUUGAUUCUUUACGUCUUGCUGAAAUAUUUAAGAUUGAUCAUCAAAAAAUAGUUGGUGCUGUUAAAAGUUUACAAUCAGCCGGAAAUCUUAUCAGUGCUGAACAGCAAGAUAAUAAAUAUUGGAAACUUACAAGUGAAGGAGAAAAAGUAGCUGCAAAUGGAAGCUAUGAAGCACUUGUUUUUUAUGCUAUUCCUCCUGAAGGAAUAUUGCAGCAGCAGCUUAUGAAAUCAGUUCCUCAAUCCAAUGUUGGAUUUAGUAAAGCUAUGUCUGCUGGAUGGAUCUACAUAGAGAAGAAAAAUGGUGCAACUCUAGCUUAUCGAAAAGUUGACAAUAUAAUUGAUGAAGUUCAAAACAAUUUGCUGAAACUUCAAAAUUCAAGAGAAAAUGAAGUCUCUCAACAAGUGAAACUUGAGCUUAAGAAAAGAAAACUCUUGCAGGAAGUAACAAUUAAAAGUUAUAAAAUAGGAAAAGGACCAGAUUUUACAACAUCUCAUAUCAAGCAAGAGACUGAUUUAACCCCUGAAAUGAUCUCUAGUUCUUCUUGGAAAGAGAAAACUUUUAAGCCUUACAAUUUCAGUGCUCUUGGUAUUGCUCCUGACUGUGGCCAUCGGCAUCCUUUGAUGAAAGUACGAGCAGAAUUUCGUCAAAUAUUUUUGGAAAUGGGAUUCUCAGAAAUGCCUACUAAUAAUUAUAUUGAAAGUUCCUUUUGGAAUUUUGAUGCUCUCUUCCAACCACAACAGCAUCCUGCAAGAGAUCAGCAUGACACUUUCUUCCUUUCUGAUCCUCAAAAUGCAGCUGAUUUUCCAAUGGAUUACUUAGAAAAAGUGAAGAAAGUUCAUUCUGUUGGAGGAUAUGGCUCUCAAGGUUAUCAGUGUGAAUGGAAACUUGAAGAAGCGAAGAAAAAUUUAUUGAGAACUCACACAACUGCUGUUAGUGCACGGAUGUUGUAUGCCCUUGCUCAGCAAGAAAAAUUCACUCCUUCAAAGUAUUUUAGUAUAGACAAGGUUUUCAGGAAUGAAACUUUAGACGCUACCCAUCUUGCAGAAUUUCAUCAAAUUGAAGGCGUCAUUGCAGGCUAUGGUCUAACACUUGGCGAUUUAAUUGGCACUUUACAUCAGUUUUUCAGUAAAUUGGGUAUCACCAAACUUCGCUUCAAACCUGCAUAUAAUCCAUAUACUGAACCUAGUAUGGAAAUUUUUAGCUACCACGAAGGAUUAAAGAAGUGGGUGGAAAUUGGUAAUUCAGGCAUGUUCAGACCAGAGAUGUUGCGGCCAAUGGGACUGCCAGAUAAUGUUUCAGUUAUUGCAUGGGGACUUUCACUAGAAAGGCCGACUAUGAUAAAAUACAAGAUUGAUAACAUCCGUGAAUUGGUUGGUCAUAAGGUAAACUUGAAUAUGGUUAAUUCUAAUCCAAUUUGCCGAUUGGAAAAAUAAAGCGAACUGUUGCAAAUGCUUAUUUAAUCUGUGAUCAAUAAAAGCAACUAAGCUUGGAA